AUGGGGCAGCACCAUUCCCUUGAGGCCCAAGAAAUCCCCGCGUUGGUGGUGUCGUUGGUCGUGGCCAGCUCCAAUGACAAGACGAGAGCUGUCUCCACAUUGGCGCAGCUUGCAAAGAAUGAGGCGCAUCAACGAAUCAUCGCCAAUUCCGGCGGCAUUCCAGCGCUAGUGGCGUUGGUGCAGCAUGGGAAUAAAGUCCAAAGGACAGCAGCCGCACUGACGCUUUCGAAACUCUCAACACAAACGUCACACAGAGCGGCGAUCGUGGUGUCCGGGGGGAUAUCGCCUUUGGUGGAGUUGAUUCGUGCCGGUAAUGGGGCUCAGAAGGAGCACGCCGUCUCGGUGCUAUUCAAUCUGUGUAUGAGCAGCAGCCACCGAGCGAAAAUCGCUGCUUCUGACGCUAUCGCGCCGCUGAUAGCGUUGGUACGAGACGGUAGUUCGACUCAGAGAGAAAAAGCGGCUGGAGUGUUGGCUUCGUUAGCGACUGACGCUAAGAGCCAAGUCUCGAUCACUGCAGCUCGUGGGAUCAACCCAUUGGUGCAACUGAUCCGUUGUGGGGCGGUUGGCGAGAGAGUGAACGCCUUGACAGCGCUGUGGAUUUUAUCAGCGAAUGAUACAAGCAAAGCGGAAAUAGUACGAGCUGGAGGAAUUCCGCUACUGGUGAAGCAGCUACGAGGUGUCGGAGAAUACCCUAAAGAGGUUGCGUCUGGCGGCUGUAGUAAAAGCACAACUGAGCUGGCAGCUCCUGGCACCGUCGCUGCUGUUGUGGCGAUGAUGCGCGACUGUAGCGUAUCUGUAAUCCAGAACGCCACAACGUUUCUGGCAAUUCUGUCUUCGAAUUCGUAUAAUUCCGUGAUCGCACAAGCUGGGGCUAUCCCGCCUUUAAUGGCAUUGCUAUGGGGAGGCAGCACGUCAAUAAGAAGGAAAGCUACGUUGGUGUUGGCGAAUCUGUCGAUGGAAUCUGCCCAUCGAGUGGCGAUCUCCGCUGCUGGAGGAAUUUCGGCGCUGCUGAUGCUGAUGAGGGACGGCAAUGACGAUCUUAAGGAGAUGGCUACACUUGCGUUGUCGAAUCUUGCGAUGAAUUUCGAGAAUAAAGUGGCGAUAACAGCAGCUGGAGGUGUUCGAGCGUUCGUACGAUUACUGAAAGAGGGAAACGACGCGCAGAGACACAACGCGGCGCUCGCCUUGUCGAUUCUCUAUCUCGAUCGUAACAGCUCAGCGGCUAUCGUCGCUACUGGCGGUAAGCUUCCGCUUAUGGUGCACGCUUGUGAUGGUACACGUCGUGAGAAAACAUUCACUUCUCAGGACCACCGCAAGAUUCGCUAG